UCAAGAGGCUCAGGAGGCAACAUUAUAUUAAUAACAAUAAUUAAAGUUGCUUCGGUAUUUUUUUCAUUCUCAAAUACCAAAAAAAUAAACAUUCUUCGUUAAAAAUAUGUAAACAAUUCCAAUAUAUUCAUUUUAUUUGUUCUGCAAUCCUUACAACUGAAAGCGUUUUAUUUGCAUAACAGUUUUUCUGCUGUGAAUUUUCUUUGAAAAACUAUGAUACUGAUAAGUGAGUGCAUUGUGUGAAAAGGGAUUUUCCGACUUAUUAGUGAAUGUUUGUGUUAGUGGAAAAAUUGUGGUUUUAGUUUGUCAAAGGAUUUUAUAUUUUCUUAAAACUGGCUGUUCAGAAGAAAAUUAGUACCGUGGCUGAAACAAGCAAAAAGAAACGGUGUACUCCGUCUCCAACUGAUUUCGGGUCAAUCAUGGCCCCAUCAGCUUCUUUUUUGACGUGGUCACCUAUUUUUUUACCACCAUGGGGUCCAACUUUUCUACCAGCGGCAUUUUAUCCCGGAGCCCUAAGAUCUGCUUUGCCAGGAAUCCUGGAUAGUAUGAAAAAUCGACCAUCAUUUCAAAUUAGUGAUAUUUUGGGACUUCAACCUAAGGAUGGUAUCACAGACUCAAAUGGCAAUCAAGCACCCAAUCAUACGCAUACCCUUCCACCUCAUACUCAUCACAAUGGACUUCUGGACUCCGUGCCUGGUACCUUCAUCCCACCCACUGGCAAUGGAACAAUUUUUGGUGAAUCUGGGCACUCACAUUACCAAAAUAUGUUCCAUGCUGCCAGAUCGUGGACCACCCCAAUAGACAGCAAUAAUGAUCAAUAUGGCAUUCCACAGCAAGCUAGUCCAGACAGUACGUCUCCUGUCGCUUCGGAAUUGUCCUAUACACCUUUGGGAGCUUGCUCUAAUUCAUCGAAUGUGGCUGAUUCAUCUAAUAAUAAAAUUAUCAAUUUGGACGAGACGUCUCAGCAGCAAAAUCACAAUACAACAACUAAUCACAUAGCAGAGGACUGUGGUGAGGAGGAGAUUCUUGAGGAUCAUGAGGAAGCAGGUGAUCUUGGGGGAGGGGGCAACACAACGGGUACUCUUAAGAAGCGGAAACGGCGUGUGCUGUUCUCCAAACAGCAAACGUUCGAGCUAGAGCGACGAUUUAAGCAGCAACGGUACCUUUCUGCCCCCGAACGUGAACACCUAGCAAGUUUGAUUAGGCUGACACCCACCCAAGUGAAAAUCUGGUUCCAAAAUCACAGGUAUAAAACAAAACGAGCACAGAGUGAGAAAGGUACAAUGGAUGGAUACCAAUCCCAUCCACCAACCACAAUGCAAUCCCCAAGACGUGUAGCCGUACCUGUUUUAGUGCGCGAUGGAAAACCCUGUCUCAAUGGAUCCAAGCACCAAGACUCAGUAUCCCACCCGAACCCUCACUUAGUUUUACCACAUGCUAGCUACCAACAUCACACCCUCAUUCCGCAUGCCCAAACUCCCGGUCGGGGGGUUUGGUGGUAGGCUAGAACCUGCAGCAUAACCUAUAAACUCGACUUUGCAGGAUCCUCUAAUUAGGGAAAUAGACUUACUUUGUAUUUCAGCAGUACUCUUGCUAAAAAAAUAUUUACUAAUUAAUUGUAAAUAGGAAACACCUUAAUAUAAUUUAUUGUAUCUUUAUCACGUCAUUUAGUUCGAAUUUUAGACAAUUUUUGUAUAUAACUAAACCAGAAAAAAAAACUUUAUUUUUUGAUUUUCUAUCAGUUCCAUCAGUUAGGUCACGAGUUUUCACAAGUCCCUAAAUUCUAACUACAAAUUAUUCGGGAAAUUUUUUCACACGAAUUUGUUUUAAAACAUAAUUUUUAUGAUUCCUAAUUGAGAAUCAAUACAUAUUGAAGAGAUAAUUUUGCAUUUCAGUAAAUUUUGAAUUUUGCAAAAAAAAAGAAAUUGCAAAAAAUGUUUUUACCUAAUUUUAAAUUUUCUUAACCGAAAUGACAGUUUCCAAUAGUACGAUUCAAAUGAUAAUGACAAGAUAACAUGCUGUUCCCUCAAUACUCUGCGAUAUGGCCACAGUUUGAGUGUACGGAAUAUUAUUUUAUUAUUAUUUAUUAACUCAUUCAAAAAGGCCAAGAAGCAGAAAUGCCAAAUAUCCAUAAUUUAUAAUAGAGAAUGGAAUAGCAAUUGAUCGUGAAAAUGAAUUAAUUUCAACCCCUACCUAUACAAUACAACAUAAUUCGUGGAGAAAAAAAAGUAGCAUGCAAAAGUACUUGUAGAGAAUAAUCCACUAUCAAGAAAACAUAUUUCCCAAACUGUUAGUGUGUGAGUCCACCCUCCAAAUUUAUGAAUUUCCGCUCAUCAAUAAUACCACUUUUCCGGUACUUUCGAGACAUACAGCACACUCACUUCUGGACAAUUUUGGGGUGGGUUGUAUAAAUUGAGUAAGGGAAGGGAAUGAGGGACAUAUUUUAUUGGAAAAUUAAAGCGGGAAUGUGUCUAUACCCACUUACUGUAGCUCCUCUGAGAUUUUAGAUUUUCCAUCCAAACGGAUCUUUAUGAUUAAUUUUUUAUUCAGCAAUAGUAAAGAAAACGUAAAAAAUCAAACAGUUUUUGUAGAUUUUAAUAUUCGAUUUAUCAAUAUAAUAAAAAAUUGUACCUACCCUACAUAUAAAAAAAAUGAAUAGUUUAAAAUAAAAUGAAAACUAGUGGUUUGUCAUAAAUCCUAUAAAAAUUAGUAAAUAUAGGUAUAUACAUAUUUUAUGUGAAUAGACGAUGAUGUGACAGUAAGUAAAUAAAGAGAUAUAAAGAGGAAGAAAUUAUUUAUUGCGAAUUAUUAUAUAAAAUUAAAUUUAGAGCAAAUACAAAACGUGAAGAAAACAAAUUAAAUCGUUUCAUUUUCUGUG